ACCCAGGGCGGUGUCCUUGCUAGGCAGGUGCUACUGAGCUACGGAAGUCCACCAUCUUCAUCUUUCGCCAGUGUACAGGCCCCAGGUCCAACGGGCGCUCCUCCAAGCCGAGCCUUGGAGGGCAAGGCCGGCACCAUUACCUCCAACGAGUGGAGUUCUCCCGACUCCCCCGAGGGGAGCAGCAUCUCUGGGGGCAGCCAGGCACUGGACAAGCCCAUCGACAAUGAUGCAGAGGGUGUGUGGAGUCCAGAUAUUGAGAAAAGCUUCCAGGAGGCAAUGGCCAUUUACCCACCUUGCGGCCGCCGCAAAAUCAUCCUGUCGGACGAAGGCAAGAUGUACGGUCGGAAUGAGCUGAUCGCACGCUACAUCAAGCUCCGCACAGGGAAGACCCGCACCAGGAAGCAGGUCUCCAGCCACAUCCAGGUGCUUGCCCGUCGAAAAGCCCGGGAGAUCCAGGCCAAACUCAAGGACCAGGCAGCUAAGAACAAAGCCCUGCAGAGCAUGGCUGCCAUGUCGUCCGCCCAGAUCGUCUCCGCCACAGCCUUCCACAGUAAAAUGGCUCUUGCCCGGGGCCCUGGCUACCCAACAAUCUCAGGGUUUUGGCAAGGAGCUUUGCCAGGCCAACCUGGAACGUCCCAUGAUGUGAAACCUUUCUCUCAAAAUGCCUAUGCUGUUCAGCCUCCACUGCCUCUGCCAGGCUUUGAGUCUCCUGCAGGACCUACCCCGUCGCCCUCUGUACCGCCAGUUUCCCCGUGGCAAGGCCGCAGUGUGGCCAGCUCCAAGCUCUGGAUGCUGGAGUUCUCCGCUUUCCUGGAGCGCCAGCAAGAUCCUGACACAUACAACAAGCACCUGUUUGUGCACAUCAGCCAGUCGAGCCCAAGCUACAGUGACCCCUACCUCGAAGCCGUGGACAUCCGCCAGAUCUAUGACAAAUUCCCGGAGAAGAAGGGUGGCCUCAAGGAGCUAUAUGAUCGGGGGCCCUCUAACGCCUUCUUCCUUGUGAAGUUCUGGGCAGACCUCAAUACCAACAUCGACGAUGAGGGCAGCAGCACCUUCUAUGGAGUCUCCAGCCAAUAUGAGAGCCUGGAGAACAUGAUCAUUACCUGUUCCACUAAGGUCUGCUCCUUUGGCAAGCAAGUGGUGGAGAAAGUUGAGACAGAGUAUGCUCGCUAUGACAAUGGCCGCUAUCUGUACCGAAUCCACCGGUCGCCGCUCUGUGAGUACAUGAUCAACUUUAUCCACAAGCUGAAGCACUUACCUGAGAAGUAUAUGAUGAACAGCGUUCUGGAGAACUUCACCAUCCUGCAGGUCAUCACCAAUCGAGACACACAGGAGACCUUGCUGUGUAUUGCAUAUGUCUUCGAGGUGUCAGCCAGCGAACACGGGGCUCAGCACCACAUCUACCGGCUGGUGAAAGAAUGAGAGACCUGGAGAACGAUGGUGGGGGGACAAAUCCAGGAAAUGGGGACCUGGGAGGGAACCUUCAGGGACGGCCCCCGGAAGUGCCGAGAGAGCUGAGCAGAGGAGAAAACUGCCUGGUCUUGCAGUGCCCAACCCCCAAUAAACCCAAGGUGUCGAGUGUUUUCAGAGGAGCUGGUCUGGCUGUAUGAGCCCAGAAGGGCAGGGGAGAAGGGGGCACCAGGAAGCAAGCUGGAAGCAAGCCCAGAGAUGCCUCCAGAUGGUCCAGGAGCCAGAACCCCAGCGGACUCAGCCAGGCAUUUAUCACCAGACACCAAAGCUCAAGACCCAGUGGUCCCUUCUCAGCUGCCGGAACAUUCUGCUGUUGGUCACACUAGUGGCCUGAGGACAGAUGGCAUGUGGGUCACACAGCCAGAGACGCUGUGCAUGCCCAAGUGCGCACUGUCAGCCUGGCCAUCCCUGCCUGAUGAUAACUAUGGCAGAGGGCCCCACCCCUGCAAACAGGGCUGGAUUUAGAUGUGGCUGCAACAGAGUCAUUGGCUGGAGACUGGGUAAGAGCUACUCAGGUGACCCUGCGGGGCAGUGGCCCAGACAAGGCUUGGAGGUAGGGAGUCCUGCUUCAGGGCCAGCGUGGGCGCUGCUUGACCCUGCCAGGCUCCUCAGCUUCUCUGUUGGUGCCCUUUCCUCUCUGCUCAGCACUGGUGAGGAGAGGAUGUCCAUAAAGUACCUGGGUCAUGCCGGUCAGUGCUGGCGCACACCUUUAAUCCAGCACUU